AUGCCCAGUACAGAUUGGGCCAACCGAGCUGAGGGAGUCAGGUCGGUUUCAGCUGCUGAAGUCGUCAGCGUUCGUGUUUGGGAUAUUGCUGUUGCCUCGCUUGCGUUUGGGCUGGGCCAUAUCAAAUCUUCUACCCCUGGGCCACCAGUCACUGGCGGUGUUGCUUCAGUUUCUAGGCGUUCUAGUGCGGGCGCUGAUCUUCGAGGAGUUUUUGGUCCCCGUUUCUGUGGGGAUGAGGUGUAA